CGACGAAGCUCGAGAAACUUGAAUCACUUCCGUUCUUUUGUUUACCGCUGUGCAGUGUGCACUACACUAGUGAAUGCGUCCAAGAAAGGUUUUAGUGAAGAGCAUACAAGGAGGGAUCAGCACAUUAAUGGUAACAUCAAAUUAACUGUUUUUUCAGUUUGGGUGAAAUCAAAAUCAACUGACUAUGCCAAGGCCAGUAAGACAGAGUGCUGGUUCCCCAGGCAAGAAUGCAGUUGCUUGUCCCAUCUGUGGACGUCACUGUAGCCCCCAGGCAAUCAACACCCAUCUGGAUAAGUGCUUAUCUAAGGAGGAAGACUCUUCCCCGCCUAGGAAGAGGUCAAAGCAGGACUCUUAUGCAGAAAGCGAUAAUGAAAUUGAGACUGAACCCUUGGUUCAACCAGGACAGCUCAAUGCCGAGUGGGCAGCCAUUCUAAAAAAUAAAACCAAGGAGGAAAAGAAAACACCCAAAUCUGAAAAGAAGAAGAAGGAGAAGAAAAAGUCAAAGAAGAGUUCCACUCAAUCAAGUAGUGGAGAUGGACUGAGCACUCCCAAAAAGGCCAAGUCUGAAAAGGGGACCAAGUCAGAGAAGAGUAGUACCAAGAAAGAGAAACGGGAGAAGUCAACGAUCAAAGGUGAGAAGAAGAAGAAGCGUAAAAGGAAACAUAAGGAGAAGGCCGAUGAUGAUGAUGAUGUGUUUGACUUUGAUGCUGAUGAGAUGGAGGUGGCAAAAAAGAAAGUGUCAACAGAUGGCACCCCAAACAAAACAACUCCUUCAAAGACAACUCUUAACGAUAAAAAUGUCACACCUACUCACAAAAAUAAAUCCCCUUCUUCAAGUCAGUCCCCUAAAAAGUCAGCCAUGAAGUCUCCCUUUACCGGCUUAUCUCCCAAACAAGCGAGCCAGUCCUUCUGGGCACGGCAGAAUGCACAAUCAACAAGUCCAAACUAUCAAGCCAUGAAGUUUAAUUCCCAGACUCCACCAGCCAUCGCAAAGGGGACGACAAUCCAGACGCCACCAACAGCAAAGACAAAUGCCCAGUCGCCAACGACGACGCAAAGCACAAAGCCAGCUUUUGGAACGACGCCCUCUCAACCACGCCCCGAUUUUCGCCCCCUUGCUGAAAGAAUGCGGCCUUAUACAAUGGACACUCUCAUAGGUCAGAACAAGACCCUCGGUGCAACAGGGACUCUCCGUCGUCUUUUGGAUGCUGGUAACAUUCCUUCCAUGAUCUUCUGGGGUCCACCUGGAUGCGGAAAAACGUCAUUGGCCAAUGUCAUAGCCAGGCAAGCUAAGUUGAGAAACACCCACCGCUUCAUCACGUUCUCGGCAACGACGAGCAACGUAUCUGACGUCAAGUCUGCCGUGGAGAUUGCACGGAACGAACAACGGAUGUACAGGAGGAAGACAAUUCUCUUCAUAGAUGAGAUCCAUCGGUUCAAUAAAACACAACAGGACACCUUCCUGCUGCAUGUAGAAAACGGAACCAUCAUCCUGAUCGGAGCAACAACCGAAAACCCCUCCUUUCGGGUGAACAACGCCCUCUUGAGUCGGUGUCGAGUGGUGGUGCUGGAGAAGCUCAGUCCCGAGAGCAUCAUGCUGAUCCUGGAGAGGGCGCUCAAGGAUUGUCAGGUCGGCAUCGUUGAAGAUCCCAGGGUGUCGGAUGCCUUGCCAACCUCUGAUCAGGAAACCUUUUCGAUUGAGAGACAAGCACUAUGCCUUCUUGCCAACCUGUGCGAUGGUGACGCACGCUCAGCCCUCAACUCCCUGCAGAUGGUCCUGGAUGUGGCCAAGGGCUCGUCAGGUCAACUGGGUGCUGCAUCCAAGGUUCAAAGGUCAAAUGUCAUCACUGUUGAUCAGAUCAAGGACAGCUUGCAGAGGUCACAUAUCAGUUAUGACAAAUCAGGCGAAGAACACUACAACUGUGCCUCCGCCCUGCAGAAGUCCAUAAGAGCCUCGGACGCCAACGCAGCCGUCUACUGGUUGGGACGAAUGCUUGUUGGAGGUGAAGAUCCUCUCUUUAUUGCCAGGAGGCUCGUGGUCUGUGCCAGUGAAGAUAUUGGUUUAGCCGAUUCCCAAGCGUUGGUCCAUGCUACUGCAACCUACCAAGCUUGUCAAAAUAUUGGUAUGCCAGAGUGUGAGCUGAACCUUGCCCACUGCGUGAUCUACCUAUCAAGAGCGCCCAAGUCACGACAGGUACCCACAGCCUACAGCCGCGUUAAGGAGUGUCUCAAGAAUCACCAGGGACCAACCCCACCCGUACCCCUCCACCUGCAGACCCCAGCUACCCAGUACCAGCUGGUCCGUAACACCCUGGGUGGGUGGGGCAAGGGGCGUGUUAUGGCAGGGGGCUAUCAGGGGUACAUGCCUGAAAGCUUAGCGGGACUCGAUUUCUUCUCCAUGUCGACGUAAGCGCUAUUGAACAAGGAACACUUUUUGGAGAUGGACACGCCAGAUGCCAUGAAAUUGUGGUGCUAGAUUUGAGAUGAAGGAUUUGGGGGGAGGGGGGAGGUUGGGCAUUGAAAGGGGUAUUAAUGGGCUAAUAUGAUUGAUGAAUCAACCAACCAUGAUUGUUAGAAUUUUAAAGUUUUGAAUACGAAUGUAGUUUUGACAAAUUUUUACCAUUUUACUUUUUACCGAUGAUGAUUGUCGGUCUCUCUGCAUAGGUUGACAGGCUCUCACAAAUUUGAUGGUCCCUAGCAAUAAAAACCUGCAAUUGCUUAAUGUUAAGGCAAAAAGCAAACACUUGUGGAGAAAAGGCUCCAGUAAAAGCAAGUUCUGUAUGAUAUACCAUUACCCCAUGGUAGUUCUAAAACCACUGUCUUGUAUGCAGUACCAAGUAAACAUACUGGAAGGGGGAUGUUACAUAUAGGGCACACGAGAGUAAUUCAUCUGCGCGCGAAGCAUGCCGGACAGGUGUAAGUAAAGAUCACAUGACUUUAUUGAUUAAAAUAAUUCAUUACAAAUAGAUCAAAU